CCUAAAACCUUUUAGAAACUCCAAACCGACAGUACUACAGAUUUAUAGAAGUACAAUGGCAGCCACAAGAUUAUUACGUAGUUCUAGACCUUUGAAUCUUGGUCUUGCUUCAUCUUCUUCUUCGUCGUCUUCUUCUUUGUCCGGGAAGGCGGUGAGGUGCUUAAGCAAGGCGGGCUUUAAUGGAGAGAAGAUAUUUUCUGGGUAUGGCGAGAAGAAAUCGGUGGCCGUGGCUUUGAAGGCCGCGUCUGUGGCUGCUCCGGAGAGAAUAGUAACCUCUGCACCGGGAAUGAGUCGGGGAAUAUUGGAUUUUUCUUCUCUAAUUGUGGCAAAUAUUAGGCAUGCUAUGGUGAUUCUAGUGAGGACGGCCGUGAAGCAGAAGCGGCGGAAAAUGUACAUCCAAAUGUUCCUUGAAAAGGCUAUAGUUGAUUGCCGAUUCUUUACAUUAUUUGCUGUUGCGGGAUCCUUACUCGGUUCGGUUUUGUGUUUCCUUGAGGGUUGCUUUACCAUCGUAGAAUCAUAUUUACAGUAUUUCCAUUCGUUGUCACAUAAGGCGGAUCAAGAACAUGUGAUGCAGCUACUUAUUGAAGCCAUAGACAUGUUCCUCAUAGGAACUGCCAUGCUCAUGUUCGGGAUGGGUUUGUAUGUCAUUUUUGUUGGGAAAAAGACAAUGACAAAAGAAGGGCCACGGCUUUCCGGGUCAAACUUAUUCGGGCUCUUCUAUAUGAAGACACUUCCAGCGUGGGUUGAGAUGCAAUCAGUUUCACAAGCCAAGUCGAAAAUCGGCCAUGCUGUGAUGAUGAUACUUCAAGUGGGAGUGUUGGAGAAGUUCAAGAACGUACCUCUGGUUACUGGAGUCGAUCUUGCCUGUUUUGCAGGGGCUGUGCUAAUUUCCUCAGCUAGCAUCUUCCUUCUCUCAAGACUCUCAUCUACUGUCGGAACUAGUACGUAAUACUAUGCAUGGAAGAUAGAUAUAUAGGUAGCCAAUGCAUGGUUAAUCACAGGCCUCAGACGAUAUUUAUGGUUAAUCACAUAAUAUUCUUUCAUUAUCAUCAACAUAUAUAUAUACAUAUAUAUAUAUAUAUACGGAUGGUUCAGAUCAGUUAUUUAAGAGACGUCGGAAUAUAUGCACAGAGGAAGAAGAAGAAGAAGAAGAAGAAGAGGAAGAGUCUCUACGCUCUCUCUAUAUAUAGAAAUUUAAUUAGUUUCAAUUGGCAUAAAGGAAUUAAUGGCAAUGUGUAUUAAUGCACUUGCUGGGAUUAUAUUGUACAAUUGUUUUGUUCGUAAAGUCCAUACUAUUGGUUUUUUUUA